AAAUAAAUAUAAAUUUAAUCAAAAAAAAGAAAGGGGAAAACAGACUAGGGUUUCGAGAGAGAGAGAUCGAGAGAGAUCGCUUGUUCUGAAUUCUUCUGCGGCGGCAUGAAAAAGGUUACGAGGAAGGAACCGGAAAAGGUUCCAAUGAAGAAACAGGAAAAGAAGGAGAAAUUGCAAGUGCAAAAGGUUUCGAUGAAAGAACAGGAAAAGAAGAAUAAAUUGCAAGUGCAAAAAGUUUCGAUGAAAGAACAGGAAAAGGAGAAGAAAUUGCAAGUGCAAAAAGUUCCGAUGAAAGAAGCCGAAAAUAAACCAAAAUGUUUUUGGCCAGGAGGAAUGGAAAUCUUGUAUAACGGAGAUCCGACGCUCGAUGAUCCUGAAUCCAUGGAAAUAAUGAAAAAAUGUGCCCAAUUAGUUAUUGAUUUCUUCAACCAAACACAUAUCAACAAAUACAGUUUUGUGAAAAUGGUGCACGCAACUGCUGUUAGAUGUGGAACUUCGAUGUUGCAUAUGGUUUUCAAGGUUAAGCCUGAGCCGCCGGAGGAGGGUAAGAAACCGAUAACUGUUCGAGCCGAGGUUUCCCUCAGAAAUGAUUAUGUAGAAUACCUUGAAUUUCCAGAGGAUCAAGGCAAUUUGCCCAUGAGAAUUUUUCCUCUGGGCUCCGUCAUUUAUGAUGGAGAAGAUCCCACCUCCUGUGAUGCUCAUACUAUUAAAAUGAUCCAGGGAUGCGCCGAUUUAGCUCUUCAAGUCUACAACAAGAUGCAAGCUCACGUAUACAGUAUGGGGGAUCUGGGGCGUGCAACUAGACAUUUAUCGACCACAGGCUCUAUGGUGGAUUUGGUGUUUACCGCUAAGCCUUGUGAUGACGUUCCCAUAACUCUCGAAGCUCGGGUUUCCGUCACACAUAACUAUGUUGAGUUUGUUGAACUUGUUCGUCCUCGCCUGCCGUAGUGAGAAUCUAUCUACAUAUUGACAAGACUGUGUUGCCGGGACUCGGUUCAUCUAUCUACGGCCCGUAGGUAUAAUCACUUUUUUUUUUUUUUUUUUUUUCUCGUUUUGCUUUUUUUCUUACGCUGCUGUUACUGCGUGUUUCAUUAUUUUUAGUGAGAAUCUCUAUCUACAUAUUGACAAGGCAAGACUGUGUUGCCGGGACUCGGUUCAUUCCACUUAGCCUUGAAUCUAUAUAUUAAAAUUUCUUUUCUUGGUACAUGGACUCGUUUUGCUUAUGAAAUAUUAAGUUGUGUUAACUUUAACGUAAUAUGGCUGUGAUGAACUAACUUUAUUUGUGUGCAUCUAGACUCCUUUUUUUUAUAUUGUAAAACAAAUGCUGGUGUGUGGAGGUCAAUGCCCCGUGGAAGGCUGGAACAAUGUUAAGCUUAUGUAUUU